AUGCACGCUCAAUUUACUGGAUGUAACGGUCUUUUACAAGUCCAAACACAAGCCGAUCUUGAAAGUCUACGCGAUUGUUCAACAUUUACUGGGACCAUAUCUAUCUCAAACACAAAUCUUCAGUCACUCACCAUCCCUUACAUUCAAAAUCUUCGUGGAAAUAUCGAAAUUCAAAGCAACCCUCUCCUUGCUAAUCUUUCAUGCCCAUACUUAAAAAACGCUACGAAUAUCGUUGUGAACAAUAAUCAGGGUUUGCAAUCCGUACAAUUUCCAUCAUUAAUCGCCGCUUCAACAUUUAAUCUGAAUAAUUCACCGUUGUUGGGUUCGUUGUUCUUUCCUGCUCGUUUAACUCAUGUCAAUAAUAUUGAGGUAACAAAUACUGGAAUCAGAAAUCUAGAUGGGGUCAGUGAAGUCGCGAUCAAUAGUUUGACGCUGGAGAAUAAUGCAAAUUUGAGGCAAGCGAAUAUUCCGGUACUUAGACGUGCUGGCACGAUUAACGUUUCUGGAAAUGGAGGGAGUUCUUUUUUAUUUUUGGCUCAGAAUUUGGUUGAAAUCGGACAAGCGACAAUCCGAAAUACGGCAUCCAUGGAUUUUGCGCAUUUAACUAAAGUCAACUCGAAUAUGAAAUUAGAACACAACAAUUUCGAAUCGCUUUCAAUUCCAAAUCUUGAAACUAUUGGUGGCACUUUAAAUAUUGCUUCAAAUACCCAACUUCGAUCAAUCUCAUUGCCAAAGCUCAACGAACUUGGUUCCUUAGUAAUAACCGAAAACACAUGUCUCAACAAAAUCGAUGGUUUUCAAAAUCUCGGGCGCGUUCAUAAGAUAAUUGACAUUACUGGCAACUAUUCAGCCGUUUCGUUUCCGUCGUUGAAAAACGUUGAUGGUGGAUUCAACAGUCAAUCGAGAUCUGUAGAUUUUGAUUGCAAUAGUUUGAAUGCAUUACGAGUAAAUAUUGACGAAAAGAAAUUCUAUUGCCAAUCUGGAGUAUAUGAUCCAAGACCGAGGCCAGAAUUUAUGGAUGAUAUCUUAAAUAAAGAAUCUUCUUCGAAUUUUCCAAAGACUAAAAAUAAUAAUCGCAGUGAUAGCAGUGCCCCUAUCAAUACAAUA